AAAAAUGUGCAUAAAUAUGACUGCCUUGCAAAAAAUGUUGUCAGUUUUUGAGUAUUAUUUGAAAGAACUAAUAACGCAAGUCCGUGUUAUUUGCGUACCGAUAAACACUAUGCAAUCCACAAUUUUUAUUACUGUGUGCCUCUUGGCAUCUGCAAGAUCAAUGGCAAUCGUUGGAGUAUCUGUACCAGACUAUCCGUGUGAAAGUGGGUCUAGUGACGUUGGGAAACAUCAUUCCAAUCAUGCCAAUGCCAGUACCUUUUAUCAGUGUACAGAAUUCGGAUUGGUAUUAAUGCCCUGCCCAUCAGGACUGGAGUUUGAUGUGGACGCUGAUCGAUGUGAGUGGCCCAAAGGUCCCAAACCAACAGAAAAACCUUCAUCGGAGGAAAUCCCAGAUCCAGUCGAACCCACUGAUGCACCGUCUUCUGAAUCGGAAGAAGUCAUAAUUGAACCAACCGAAGCACCUUCCUCCGAAUCCGAAGAACAGCCGAUUCCGGAACCCACCGAGUUACCUUCUUCCGAAUCUGAGGAAGAACCGAUUCCGGAACCAACCGAACUACCUUCCUCCGAAUCCGAAGAAGAGCCGAUUCCGGAACCAACCGAAGCACCUUCCUCCGAAUCCGAAGAAGAGCCGAUUCCGGAACCAACGGAAGCGCCUUCCUCCGAAUCCGAAGAAGAGCCGAUUCCGGAACCAACCGAAGCACCUUCCUCCGAAUCCGAAGAAGAGCCGACUCCGGAACCAACCGAAGUGCCUUCCUCCGAAUCCGAAGAAGAGCCGAUUCCGGAACCAACGGAAGCGCCUUCCUCCGAAUCCGAAGAAGAUCCGAUUCCGGAACCAACGGAAGCACCUUCCUCCGAAUCCGAAGAAGAACCGAUUCCGGAACCAACCGAAGCGCCUUCCUCCGAAUCCGAAGAAGAGCCGAUUCCGGAACCAACCGAAGUGCCUUCCUCCGAAUCCGAAGAAGAGCCGAUUCCGGAACCAACCGAAGUGCCUUCCUCCGAAUCCGAAGAAGAGCCGAUUCCGGAACCAACGGAAGCGCCUUCCUCCGAAUCCGAAGAAGAACCGAUUCCGGAACCAACGGAAGCGCCUUCCUCCGAAUCCGAAGAAGAACCGAUUCCGGAACCCACCCAAGCCCCUUCGCCUCCUACAACUGAAGCGCCAGUUCAACAAACUACACCAGGAAAUGAAUGCGCAAGCAUUGUUUGCAGAGCCGAUCCACAGGACAUGUACCACGCACAUCCUACGCGUUGUACCGCAUUUUGCCAAUGCUCCAACGGAAAACCAUAUAAACAUGAAUGUCCAAGUGGCCUUCACUUUGACACAAAAAUUAAUGUCUGUAAUUGGCCUGCGGCUGCUCAAUGCAGUGUCUAAUUUUAAGUCAUAUCUUACAUUGCCACCAUUACAGAGGCCCUGGAAGAAUGUAAAGGACUGAUUUUACUAACCUUCUGAAAUUUAAAAAGAUGGUGAUAUUUUAAAGGGUCAGUCAAAUAAGUCCUUCACAUUCUUCCAGUGUUCAUAAUUUUAUUUCUCUUUUCUGUGCAAUAAAUACUGUCAUCCCAGCAUAGCAAGCAAUGUAGUUGAUCAAAUUACUCUACAAUGCAUGUAAUUAUUUUUUAGUUGCAAAAAAUGGAAUGAAGCAUUCAAAUUAAAA